CUAACCCCGCCCCCACGGGCUGCCUUAGGGUGGAGCUCCUCCGCCUCCUCAAAUCUUCAUCUUCACUCGCUGAAGAACCUUCACUCGGCUCGCUGCUUCUCAACGUCUUACCACAAAGCCAUCACGUAGAAGGGGUCCACAUGACGCUUGCCGGAUGAAGACGGGCGCUUGCGUGCUGUUUGCGCUCCUGCUGGCUCGGGCAUGUUUGCGGGAGGCCGAGUGCAGCCCGCCUACGGAGGUAGGCCGGCCGGCCGGCCGCACGUUGGCUCGAGGGCUCGUGACGCAGCGUGGACGACACGCGUGUUUGGUCGGGCGUGGCAGGUCACCGGCGAGACGGGGGUGCCGAGGCAGAGCGUCACCGGGCGUCACCGUGACGACAUACGUUCGGGCGUGUCGACAGGUCACCGUGACGACAUCCAAUCGAGUGUCACAUCAGGUCACCGUGACGGCUUCCACCGACUGCCUGGACUUUGCCGCCGCCUGAGGAGGCGUCGCCUCAGCUACCUGCAUGGCGUGCGCAGCGCAAAUGAUGGAGAGCUCGUGCUGGCGCGUCCCGCUGGCGUGCUGUCGGCCUCGCGUCCUCAUCCUCCACGCCCUCUUCUGGGGAGUCGUGGCCUUCAGAGUGUUUGGAGCCGCCCUGCUAGCAGAAGACAAACUUGCAGCGGUCGCCGAGGUCGCCGUCGCCCCCUGCUGGCUGCUGGAGGAGUUUGUGGUGACCGCCGAGUGCUCUCAGUGCGACGCCUUCCAGACGAAGACGCGGCCGGCGUGCGGCCAGACGGGCUACGUGGAGAAGGUCAACUGCACCAAGUCCAACCGAGACGAGUACAAGAGCUGCCGCUCGGCCGUCACGGAGGAACGCCUCUUCUGGAAAUUCGAGGGGGUCGUGUUGUCCGUGACGGCGUUGUCGGCCGUCUCGGUGGUCCUGCGUCAGCGCCGGCUGGACCGUCUCGCCUCGGAGAAAGUCCGCCGACAGAUCGAGUCCAUCUAGCGGCGUCCUCGUCCUACUCUCAAAUCGAACUUCCAACGCUAAAUGUUUCAAAGAGGACGACGUGUCAUCGCGUCCGCAUGAGGAUUGCGAGCCAAAACACCGAUUGCGCCGCAAGUCAACAAACUCUUGUCAUUUGGCUGAGACAGAACCACAGAAUUGAUGAUUUGGGUCUUCUCCAGCGCCCGAGUUGGAGUGUGUGACGCGUCAGUCGGAAGGCCGGCCGGCCGUAAUUAGUUUCGACCUGCAAGUUGGCUCAAACACCGACGUUGCGGGAAUUGGGAUGCGGUUAGGUCGAUCACCGAGGGGCGGCUCACGAACGGACCUUUCUGGCGCAGACCCGCUCGCUCGGCGCUCAAACGAAGUUUGGCUUGAGUGACUCGGACAAGCUAAGCACACAUGUUCAACUUUUUUUCCCCACAAACGCGACGGCGGACGUUUGCUUUGCAGUCUGCCGAUGUCUUCUGGGAUCUUCUCUGGACAACAUCCAUUCCGUUUAUCCUCAAUUUUCAUUGGAACUGGGGAAAACAACAACUAAACGUUUGGGGAAUAACACCAUUUUCUUUUUUUACAUGGUGUUGCAGCCCCUCAGAAGGGCGCCCCCCCCCCCCCCGUUUUGUUGACAAACACGAAAAGCUCGAUGGAUGAAGGCCAUCGUGGGACGUUCACGGACGGGUCACGCAUCGUUUGUUGUGGGUCAACGUGAUCAUUUCAUUUGUAUCAAAACUGUGGAGCAUUAGAAAUGGAACAUCAUAAAAACAAUCAAAGAUUCAA